CAGCUGUGCCCAACCAAGGCGGAGGGGAGGCGCAGUGCGGCCAAGAUCGCCCUGAUGAAUUCUGUCUUCAACGAGCACCCGUCUCGCAGGAUAAAUGACAACUUCAUUGAGAAGAGCGUGUCUGAGGCUCUGGCUUCCUUCAAUGGUAACAGGGAGGAAGCCGACAUUCCCAACACAGGCAUCGGAGCCUUUCGAUUUAUGCUGGAGUCCAAUAAAGGGAAGUCCAUGCUGGAAUUUCAGGAGCUGAUGACUGUGUUUCAGCUGCUGCAUUGGAAUGGGAGCCUGAAGGCGAUGAGGGAGCGACAGUGUUCACGGCAGGAAGUGCUAGCUCACUAUUCACACCGGGCCCUGGACGAUGACAUGCGCACUCACAUGGCGAUGGACUGGGCGAACCGGGAGCACGAGUUGCCGGGUAUAAUCAGCCGGGAGCUGGCCACAGCGGAGCAGGAGCUGGAGGAGGCGCGGCUGGCCGGGAAGGAGCUGCGCUUCCACAAGGAGAAGAAGGACAUCCUGGUCCUGGCCCUGGGCCAGCUGGGCCCUAAGCACACCACCAACUGCUGAGGCUCUCCCCUCCCCCUCAACCAUCUGACUGAGAUGCUGGACAGAGGCAGGGCCCUGGGCAGCUUCACACCGACCCCUCACUGAGUGUUUACACCGGUUUAUAUCUAACGGCACUUGCGGCAAUUCUUCACUCGCUGUCCGCCUGCUUACCCUUCUCCUCUUCUCAAUUUCUGUCCCAGCCACACCAGAUUGUGCAGAGAGUAAGGGACGAUUCUCUUUGAAGCUGUAUAGCUCCUGUCUCUAAGGACAUCACGACGGCACUAAUAACCGACUACCCGGGGGGGGGUGACCGACACUGCCUGGCCAGCGCAGUAACGGGGACGAUGGUGGGUGACGGGACACAGACAGAGGGAAAGUCAGGUUAGCACUUGGUAACAAUGAAGGAUUCUGAUAAGCCUCUAGUCCUGUGUUCCUCACGCCCCAUUUACAGUUUCCAUUAUUCUCAUUCAAAUUUUCUGAGACGUUAAACUUCAAUGUUUUUUGCACUAACUCAGCGGACCCGCUUGGAACGAGCAAGACCAGCUGUCGAGAGCGUGGGAACUGGGCUUUAAGUGUCAAGCUGGCUCCACACUGUCUGCAGUGAUUCACUCUUUGACAGAUUUUGUACACUAAGCCCACACACUGUGAUAAACAGUGGCUGUCGAUCUGUUCUGCUGACCCUAUCGCUCCGCGGUUGCUUCCCAGGAUCUCCUCACCCUCCCUCCCUGUUUACUGAAGUUUGAUAUUUCUCAACCGGCACAGACUCUGUAACCGCACGCUCUGAUCCAGUUCGCACUGUCCACUUCCUACUUGAUUGUAUUUUGUAUUCAGCAGUGUACCGAUGCCAGUAUUUUACAUAAAAAGCAGUAUUAUAUAUUUAGUCGUUUGGUAGCACAGUACUUGAGUGUUGCUGAAAAAAAAAAACAUUUUGUCGAAGUUUUUCGUUUUGGACUCAUCAGAUCGAUCGCAAUGUCAGGGGAAGCAACAGCUUUUAACCGUAUAAGAAGAGUGUGCUGAUUGGUUGGCAAGUGGACUGGUUGGAAUCAGAGCCCGCUUGACGACCAAUCAGCACUCUCUUCUCACACAGUAUAAAGUUGUUGCUUCCCCUGACAUUGGUAAUCUUGCGAUUGAUCUGAUGAGUCCAAAAUGAAAAACUUCGACAAAAUGACUCUUUUCGGCCGUAUUAUAUAUUUGAUACGUGGUGACUGACCGCUCACUGCUUUGUAUCCAUUUGAUCCAAUAAAGCUCUAUUGCUUUG